UUACGUGUAGCUCGCUCCCCAGCAGUAGCUAGCUUAUCAGACGAAUCAGUUUCAUCGACUUUUUUUCCAUUACCGUUUUAUUUACCUACUUCUCUUGGAGUUGUUUUUAAGUGUACAUCGAAAAGGACAAUAUGUAAAGCCACCGAGAACGUGGAAGUGCAACGAGUGGACUUUUAGUUGGAAUUACUAUGAUGUAGCGGAAUGAAAACACCGCAAGCCUGUUUUGAAGUGGGAACAGAAAAGACGAGACCAUUUUCUUGAGCUCUCUGAACAACAGGCAUUAACAUCCAUACAUAUGGUAACAAAUUCUCCAGAAGUUGUAAAGUGCACUCAAAACAAGACGCUAAAGGGAGGAACAUGUUUGCCAAGCUGAAGAAGAAGAUUGCAGAGGAGGCAGCCACAGCCCCCAGAAGUGGUGUCCGGAUCCCCCGCACCAUUAGCAAGGAAUCUAUUACCUCAGCAGGAGCUGACUCUGGGGAUGACUUUGCAUCUGACGGCAGCAGCUCCCGGGACGACUUGUCAGCCCAGCUUCUUAGAAGAAACGAUCAGAUCCGGAAGCUGGAGGCCAAGCUGUCAGACUACGCUGAGCAGCUACGAAUUAUGCAGAAGACCAAGGAGAAGCUUGAAAUUGCUUUAGAAAAGCAUCAGGAUUCAUCCAUUAAGAAACUCCAAGAGCAGAAUGAGUGUCAUCUGAACAGCAGGGCCAAAAUGGCUGAGGGAAUGGCUUUAGCUCUGGAAAAAAAGGAUCAGGAAUGGAUGGAGAAGAUGGCUGAUGUAGAAAAAGAGAAAGCUGCCCUGUCAGUUCGGCUUGAAGAGAUGAUGGAUCAAAGCUUAGCACUCUUCCAGAAAAGGGAUGACCUGGAUGAACUGGAAGGCUUUCAGCAGCAAGAGCUUGCUAAAGUUAAGCACAUGUUGCUGAGAAAGGAGGAGAUGCUGAGCCAACGGGAACGGGAGCUCCAGCAGAAGGAGGCUGAGGUUCAGUCAGCGAGGCGGGGCCUGUCCGAGGCUCGGGGGAAGCUCCAGUCUCUGCAGCAGCAGCAUGAGGACAGCAGCAGACUCAACUCAGAGCUGGAAAUAGAGCGAGAAGAACUGCUGCUGCUCCGAGAGGAAGCAGACAAGAAGAUCUGUGAACUAGAAACACGAUGCCAGGAUCUGCAGGCGGUCAUCCAGCGGGUUUCAGAAGACUUCCAAACGUCUCACAACAUGGCAUCAUCCCUAGAGAAAUCCCUCCACGAUUUGCAGGCUGACAAUGAAUCCCUGAAAUUACAACUACAGAGGGCUGCAGUGACAGAGGAGGAGAAGGAGCGGCUGCUGGUGGAGCUUCAGAGGAAGGCUUCGUCCCUGGAGAGACGGCUGCAGGGGAAUCUGAGCCAGGACGAGCAUCUGCAGGAGCUCCUUCAGGAGAAAACUGACCUUGAGCGAAACCUGGAACAGAUGAGAGCAGAACUGUUGGCUGUCAGGACGAGCCACGCCGACACGGUCAGCUCUCUAGAGGCACAGGUGUCUAAGAUGAGUGGCAGUAUCAGUGAGCUGCAGACUCUUCUUCGUCACAAAGAGGACUCCUCAAAGGCCUACAGAGAGAGAACAGAUGCUCAGAUUGCCAGUCUGGAGCAGCAGGUUGUGCAGAGUACAGAGAGGAUGAAGAGUGCAGAGCAGCAGGUCACAGAGAAACAGAAGCACAUGGAGAAACUGCAGGGGGAGUGGAGUUCUGAGAAGGCCUUUCUAGAGCAGCAGUUGUGUUUGUUGGAGCAGCAGAGUGUGGAGACGUCCAGCCGGCUGGAGGAGAACAUCUCCUCUCUGCAGACAGACAAACAGUCUCUCCUGGACAGAGUGGCUGAUCUGGAUAAACAGGUGGUUGAAGCUAACACCAUGUUAAAGCAGCAAGCAGAAGAGCUGGAGAACUGUAAGGUGGAGCUGAGCUGCCGGCUGACGGUGAGCACAGAAAUCGCCAAAUCUCUGGAAGAAACUAGACAGCAGAAGCAGGAGCUGCAGACACAGGUUGGUGAGCUGACUGUGGGCCUACAGAACACUCAACAGGAGUUAUCUACCUCUGCUAAGAAACUGCGACUGAGAGAUGAGGAUGUCCAAACACUUCAGAAUGAGCUGCAGAAUCGGCAGGACUCGUUGGCUCAGUUGCAGGAGGAGAUGGAGCGGCUGCAUGCCCAGCUGCAACAGGCAGAGCUGGACAAAACCUCCCAGCUGACGAGCCUGCAGGGGGCAUUGCAGAGCCAGACACAGCAGCUGGACAGCUGCCAGGCACGGAUCUCGUACCUGGAGGUGGAAGUGGAAACGCUAACAGAACAGCUUCAGAGUCCAAAGGUGUGUGAGGAGGACCAGAACGGCUGUGUCACCGUGGACGACCUGGAUCACAUCCACCGGGUCAACAGGGAGCUGGAGCAGCAGCUCAGCGAUAAGAACCGGACCAUCAAGCAGCUGCAGCAGAGGCUGGCAGAGUUAAAGAGGACUCUACAGAAAGAGCUGAAAUUAAAGCCUGAACUCGAAGCUGAAGGGAAAGAAAAGUGUUUGGAAAACCGAGCAGAAAAACAGGAGCGUGUUCAUUUGGAUCCACUGCUGUCAGCUGCCCCAAGCCCGCCCACUUCCAACACCACCGUGACCAACACCGCUGACCUCAACGACUCACGGGAAAUCAACUUUGAGUAUCUCAAGCACGUCGUCCUCAAGUUUAUGUCCUCCAGGGAGGCGGAGGCAUACCAGCUGAUCAGAGCUGUGUCUGUGCUGCUCAACUUCACUCGAGAGGAAGAGGACAUGCUGAAGCAAACUCUAGAGUACAAGAUGUCCUGGUUUGGAUCCAAACCUUCUCCAAAAGGAAUCAUCCGGCCUUCCAUCUCAGGCUCUUCCACUCACUGGAGCUGAUGAGCAUCAAAGUGAACUGCUGUGGUGACAGUGAAGGAAAUAAAGGACCAGAUUAUCCAGGAAGAGGACCUCUUCGAGUUGUGGCUCCUGUUAUUGAUCUUGGAAACACCUCCUACAGCUUUCCCCCUGCUCUCUGUUACCAGUUGUUGUCUGUGUGUUCCUGGCAAAAAAGGAUCUACACAGUAUUAUCAAGACACAACCACCUUGCAUUUGGUAAUUGAUUUUUAAAGGGAACUGACAGUCUCGUUAGUAUCUGCUGUAGGCAUCUCAAUUUACCUCUGACAUUUGACACAAAUUGAAUGUUUUCCUCUCUGUUAUGCUUUAAGAGAUAGGCAGACUGUUUACCGCCACACAUCUGAUGUUUGUUUUGUUCAAAAAAGCAAUACCAUGACAACGCUAUCCCCACCAGACAGUGUUGGCAUGGUAUUCAGUGCAUCUCAUGUUUUAAAUCCAAAAUGCUUUUAUCAGUGUUAGUCUGUACAAAAGACUAAACCUGCAUUGGCUUCAGUUCAUUACAGGUUGAACUGAAAAAAGUUCAGAUUACAUAUUUUACACAUUGAUAAGUAAAAUGGACAUAAUUAUUGACGCUGGUGUCUCUGGAUCCAGACUGUCUUUACUUAAAACAAACAUCUCCUCCGACUGAGUCAGUUUUAUUUCUGUGUUUUCUGAAAUUAAUUUCAAUCAAAUAAUUUUACUGGGUGAAAUUGACUUGUACUAGUUUUUUUGGUACUUAAAGGCAACAUUUUACCUGCCACUGUGUGGUGAGCUAAAAACAGAAUGGCCUUAAUUCAAACUGUUUUAAUCGUAGUGUGACUCAUUACUAAAAGCUUGCUCUUUAUGCUUUUGUUCCAGCUGAUUUUACAGUAACAGUGGCCCCAAUCGGAGUGCCGGUCAGAUGUCUCUCUAACUUCUAAUGCUGGUCUACUGUUUUUAGCCCCAGUGCUAACAAUACAAUACAUUAAAUAAGUCUAAGUCUAAAACAUGGAUCUGCUCAACAGGAACAACUGGAAAAGAAACAAAAAUAAUUGAGGGAUACUAUGUAUAUAAUCUGUACCUGCCUUUAAUGUAAAUGAAUUUACAUUCCAACAUGUCUAUUUGUGUAUAGAGAUAUGUACAUACUGUAUGCACUGAGAUAUUUCUAAAUCAAUGGGUGUAAAUAAUUUGAGUUGGAGUUUACAGUAUUUGUCAUUAACAUUGUCCAGGACUUAAUGUAUUUGUGCUGCCGCUUGUCAAUCAGUCCCCCUGCCUCAUGUGUUCCCCCAGUUCUCAGUUUGAUGAAUGAGCUUUCAGACUUUAUAAAUUAGGGGCGCAUCGAUAAAUCGGCCCGCUGAUAAACUGGCCCUGAUGUCCUUUAUAUUGGAGGAUCAGAGAUCAGCGGAUACGCACGUGAAGCAGAUCUUCAUAUGUAUGCACUCCAAUCAUUGAGUCCCCAUCAGCCACUGUCAUCUUCUGUUUAGAAACAUUUCAUUCAAAAAGACUGCUGUCACCUAAACCCGGCAGUUCAGGCUUCUUAAAGAUCGGCGAUCGGCCAGAAAACUACAAUCGGUGCACCCCAAAUUAUUCCUCUGGAAUUUUAAGUUGCUUGUAUGGUUUUUCUUUUUUAUUUUGGGGUGCAGGAAAACAGUUUUGAAUGCAGAUUUUUCCUGUUUUACUAACUGAUUGGUAAUGACUGGUGGCCAACUGGAGUCAUUUUAUUUGUUUGGGUGGGAUGAACCAUCUCCAAGGCAAUUAACAGUUGGGAACACUUUGUAAUCUCAUCAGUUAAGCUGUGUUUUGUCCCUCACAAUAUUCUUCCAUCACUACAACUUUGCGUCUAGCUUUUCUAUGAUUUAAUGACCGCCUUGAGUACAGUUGUAAUUGCUUUCCAAUGAUUACAAAUAAACCCAGAAAGGUCACAAAACCUGA